GACCUCCCAUCGUUCCAUCGGGCCUGACGCACCUGAUGAGGAGGAGACAAAAGUUAUGUAUGGGAAGAGCAUUUGCACAGAAAUGAAACCAAAGGUGUUUACUGUGGCCUAUAAAGGGAAGAGUCCCUGUGUACCUGUAGUGCACUGCCAAUGAAAAGGGAGAGAGACAAUGGACACCAUGGGAGAUCUUCACGGGGAUAACCCAAGGGCGAAUGAAAGCCUCAUGUCUCGGCGCCCCAUCCCGGACCCGGUCCGUUCCGCGCAGCCCUCGGGCCUGAGCCUGCCCGUAGAGAGGCACCUGAGCUGCCCCAUCUGCAAUGACCUGUUCUUGGAUCCCGUCACCACCUGCUGCGGCCACUCCUUCUGCAAGGCCUGCCUGAACUGCAACGCCAUCGACAACAGCUGCCCGACCUGCAAGCAGCACCUCAGCCGCAUCCCAGAGGUCAACGUCGUGCUGGAGGGACUCCUGCAGGACCUGCACCAGGCCCGGCUGGAGGCCAGGGGCCAAAUGGCCCAGGAGUCCGCCGGGAGGCCCCGAGAGGUGGUCUGCGACGUCUGUAUUGGGCCCGGGGCCCGCAGGGCCCUGAAGUCGUGCCUGGUGUGUCUGGUGUCGUACUGCCGGGCCCACCUCGAGGGCCACGACAGUAGGAACCGCCUGAGGGGCCACAGGAUGGUGGCGCCUGUGGAGAACCUGGACGACAGGGCCUGCCCGGAGCACGGGCGGCCCCUGGAGCUCUACUGCCGCGACAGCGACCGCUGCAUCUGCGUCCUCUGUGUGGAGGAGGGGCGGGAGGUUGUUUCCGUGGAGACGGAGUGGGAGGAGAAAAGGGGCCAGCUGAACUACCUCGAGGGAGAGUUUCAGGGGGGGAUUGUGAGACGGAAAAACAAGCUGAAGGAAAUGCGUUCCUCGUUGAAGGUUUCCCAGGAUCACUUACGCAGCGAGAGUACGGAUAUCGACGGCAUACUUUCAUCUCUAAUUUCCUACGUGGAGAACGCCAAAAGACACGCUCUCCUGCCCAUGGACGAGAGGAGUCAGGCGGUGGAGAGGCAGGCUAAGGAAAUGACGGAGCAGCUCAACAACGAGAUAGGGGAACUGAAGAGGAACAUCUCGGACCUGAGGCGCAUUUCUGACACAGAGGAUCAUAUUGACUUCCUACAGAAUUAUCCAUCCACCAAGGUCCUAGAAGAGGAAAACAACCUAACAGAGAUGGCACUCGAUGCAUCCACCUCCUUCGGCACCUUCCGAAGUAUCAUAAAAAACCUGAUGGAUGAAAUUCUCGACAAACUGGAGUUAGUGACUCCAAUCGAACUGCAGAGGAUCGUGACGUUUGCAGUGGACGUGAAACUAGACCCCAGCACCGCUCACCCACGCUUAAUCGUAUCCGCUGACGGCAAGGAGGUACAAGAUGGCGGCGGGAUUCAGGUAGUACCCAGGGGUGCUCAGAGGUUUGACUUGUACUCAUGCGUCCUCGGCCGGAACCGACUGACAUCCGGCAAGGCCUACUGGCAGGUUGAGGUCGGCGACAAGUUGGGUUGGGAUCUAGGCGUAACGACGGUGACCUCUCAACGGAAAGGCAAGCUUGUGUUCGAGCCCGACACCAACUACUGGGUGAUAGCGCAUUACGAUGGUGACGGCUACGCGGCAAUGACGGCCCCGCCCAAAAAGCUGGCCCUCAAAGCCAAGCCCAAGAUGGUGGGCGUCUUCCUGAAUUACGAGGAAGGCCUUGUGUCCUUCUACGACCUGACGUCCUCCUUGCACAUAUUCUCGUUCACGGCGUGCGUAUUCAGUGGCGAGCUCUGCCCCUAUUUCAGUCCCCAUAAUGAGUUGGACGAAGGCCGGCCUCUGGUCAUCACUGCGGUGUAGGACCAGCUCUGGAAUGAUUACUAUGCUAGUGUAUACCAAAUAUACUGCAUAUGUAAACAUAGAAAAUACACAUGGGUGGGUUUCAAACUGUUUCUCCACCCAUUGGUAGCAGUUGGGGAUUAUUAUGGUGGCGGGACGUUCAUAUUCAAUGCAAAUAUUCAUAUUCAAUGCAAAAUAUAUAAAGAUGAGUUUCAUUAUUAUGUUUGAAGACCGAAACCUGGAACAGUGUAACGAUGAAAAAUCCUGGAACAGUGUAACGAUGAAAAAUAUCCAUAGAGAAUUAACUACCACCUUUGUAAUGGUGAUUGGAAUGCGGUGCUUAUUAUAUUUUUGGGGUUCCGGGUCAUAAGCAGUGGUGGGUAAAGGCAUUUAAUCAUAUUGGAAAUGUUAUUCUACAUCAACCCUUGUGGUCAAGCAAGGUCUAGGUUCUUAAUAGCUUCAUAAUGACUUAAUGUCUUAUUGUUGGGUAUGAUAUGUCUCAUAUACUUCAUUCUGUAAGUUUAUAGAAAAUCUGUUUUUUGGGAAUUUCCUUAAUAAAAUAAAUAUCAUUGAUUGUGCAUCGUUUGUUGAGCUUCUAUCACAUCAG